GAAACGGUGGUUAGGGCAAAACAGGGAAAAAGGACAGGUGGGGGAUAUUCGCGGGCAUGGGGAAUAUUCUGGGGCACGUGGCGGUCGCCACUUUGGUCCGUAGAUCCAAUCGAGCUAAAACCCACGCAGCACAGCAGCAGCAGCAGCGAAGCUUUCCUGUUUGAGAAAGUCUAGCUCGAUGGCUGCGAUGCAUCUGGGAUGCAGUGGCCCGGCUCAGGGGUCGGAAUUGGUGGAUCGAUUGGAGCACAGGAAAAGUUUGGGCAGCAGCAGUAGAGUCCAUUGUUCUCAUUCUUCUUCUUCUUCUUCUUUCCGGGCUGGAGGUCAUUCCAGAAGGCUGAGGCUUUCGUCUCCGGGGCUUGUAAGACACAGGAGGAGGAAGCCCGUGUCGGCGUCGAAGAACUCUUCGUCGAAUUCGUCGCCUUCGAUGGAUUCGGCUUCGUCAAAUCCUUCUUCGGAUGUGAAGCUGGUUAACGGAGCCAAUGGAGCGGUGCUGGAGGACGUGCCUCACGUCACCGACUGGCUGCCGGACCUUCCGACGUAUGCGAAUCCUCUAAAGCACAAUCCAGCGUAUGUGGCGGUCAAGCAAUACUUUGUGGACGAGGACGCCAUGGUCGCCAAAGAUAUUGUUGUCACGCUCAAAACACCAGGAGAAGGCAUUCACUUCCGGCGUGCUGGUCCUCGUGAACAGAUCUAUUUCAAAGCCGACGAGGUCCGAGCUUGCAUUGUUACUUGCGGAGGCCUGUGUCCCGGACUUAAUACAGUCAUCCGUGAGAUCGUCUGUGGACUUUGGACUCAGUAUGGUGUUCGAGACAUCCUGGGAAUUGAGGCAGGCUACAAGGGAUUUUAUUCCCGAAACACGAGGCCGCUGAACCCCAAGGUUGUGAAUGAUAUACACAAACGCGGUGGCACCAUACUUGGAACGUCACGAGGUGGAAGUGAUAUCAACAAGAUUGUGAGCAGCAUCGUGGAUCGAGGCAUCAAUCAGGUUUACAUUAUCGGUGGAGAUGGCACACAGAAAGGAGUGAAUGCUAUCUACGAAGAAAUUCGUAAGAGAGGAGUUAAAGUUGCCGUGGCUGGCAUUCCAAAAACCAUAGACAACGAUAUCGCGGUUAUAGACAAGUCGUUUGGGUUUGACUCGGCGGUGGAGGAAGCGCAGCGCGCAAUUGAUGCCGCGCACACUGAAGCUGAGAGUGCUGAGAAUGGUGUUGGCCUGGUCAAGCUCAUGGGUCGCUAUACUGGAUACAUUGCGAUGUACGCAACUCUGGCGAGCCGUGACGUGGACUGCUGCUUGAUACCUGAAGUGCCAUUCUACCUGGAAGGCAAAGGAGGACUUUACAGUUUCGUAGAGAAGCGGCUCAGGGAGAAUGGCCACCUGGUUCUCGUCGUCGCUGAAGGCGCAGGGCAAGAGCUAAUGGCCCAGAGUUUCAAAGAGACGGGCGGACUAGACGCGUCUGGGAACAAACUUUUGAUGGAUGUUGGUCAGUGGCUUUGCUCAAAGCUCAAGGACCACUUCACCGAGAAGAAGGAGAUCAUCAACCUCAAGUACAUUGAUCCAACGUAUAUGAUCCGAGCAAUCCGGAGCAACGCCUCGGACAAUGUCUACUGCACUCUACUCGCUCACAGUGCGAUCCACGGAGCAAUGGCUGGCUACACUGGCUUCACCGUUGGUCCUGUAAACAACAGGCAUGCUUACAUCCCAAUUCACAGGGUGACUGAGAAGCAGAGACACGUAAACAUCACAGAUCGGAUGUGGGCUCGCCUUCUGUCGUCCACAAACCAGCCAGAUUUCCUCAAAUACGAUAAAGUCAUGGACGCCAAGAGAAAGAAAGAAGCGGCGUCGACUCCGGCUGAGUCCCCGCCAGCGUCGAUCGGCACUGUUGGUGGCGAGCACACGGCAACACCCGAGAAUGGAAUCCCCAGGGGGGUCGGUUUGAGCGGCGUUACCGAGAACUUGGGCUAGAACUAUACUUCGGUGUAAAUAUUCGUGUUCUUGGAUGUAAGUUUUAAGCAAAUAUGGAUGUUACUUAGACGUGUUUCAACAA